UUCUUCCUCUGAUUUCUGGUUGAUGCAUUUUUAUUCUUCAAUUCUCUUAACUGUGCCUUGAAUGUUGCGUAUAUCUCUUCCUUUGAUGCUCUUCCUCUUUGCUUUAGCGCGUGGCACUACCCUUCACACACCAUCUCCUUCUUCCUUUGGAUCCUCCAAAGCUGCUUGGUACUAUCGCUGCCUCGGUCUCGACCCUUAACCUCGUUACCCAGUUCGUUUUCUUCUACAAAUUUUCAAUCUUUGGGGUUUGAUUUCAUCUGGGUUUGUGCUAAAUUUCAAAAGAGAAGGCCACAAGAUGGUGAAGAAGAGCGCUUUGGAGAAGAUGGUGCUGCAGAAGAACAAGAACAAGGGAAACAACAACAACAACGAGGAUCAGAAAACGAGGAGCAACAGGUUCUUGGUCAACAUCAACAUCCUAGGGAGUGCGGGUCCCAUAAGGUUUGUGGUCAAUGAGAAAGACCUUGUUUCUGGGGUCAUUGACACUGCUCUUAAAUCCUAUGCUCGUGAAGGGAGGCUUCCUGUUCUUGGGUCUGAUGCCAACAAUUUCUUUCUUUACUGUGCAAAUGCUGGAUUUGAUGCUCUGAAUCCAUUGGAACCCAUAGGAUCUUAUGGGGUGAGGAAUUUUGUGCUGUGCAAAAAGCAGGUGUACUCAUCAAAGACAGCACCAGAAUCGGAGCUUAUUUCUCGAAAAAGCAGUGGUGGCUGGAAGGCAUGGUUAAACAAAUCCUUUAGUUUUAAAAUAUUAUCCCAGUGAGAUAUAUCUUUUUUCAUGUGAAUGUGUUCUAAAAGUCCUUUUGUAUUCUUGGAUUGUGCUCUAUAGUCACUCUUAAGAUUGUGGCAAUUGUGCUAGUAGUUCUUGUGUUUUGUGCAAGCUCCCAAGGACAAUUUGACAUUGAAAAAUUGUG